GAGUUAAGACUUUCCAGGGAAAUGAUUCAAAUGGAGAUGAGAAACAUUCGAGGAAACGUUGACAGCCGACGAGAAAUAAGGUACGACGAGAGUAGGUUCACCGAUAGAAGGGGUGAGAUUAGACGUGACCGCGAACAAACAAACUCUCGGGUGAGGUCUCCGAUGGACCGAAGGACCCAAGAAUAUAGAAACAUGAAUAUUAAUGUAAACCGACGAGAGAGAGACACUGAAAGUCAACGGGAAAUCCGAAAUGAAGCUAGGGUAAGUCCUGACUACAGAUUAUCUCGUGAGCGAUCGCAAAUGGAACGGCGAGAUAUCCGCGAAUCUAGAAUUGUUAUCACCCCACAUGCACGAGACACUGGCAGUCGACAGGAAAUCCGAAACGAAGCUAGGUUGCAAAGGGAGAAUAGGGCAAGUCUCGACUACAGGUUAUCUCGUGAGCAAUCCCAAAUAGAACGGCGAGAUACCCGCGAAUCUAGAAUCGUUAUCAAGCCACAUGAACGAGAUACUGACAGUCGACAAGAAAUCCGAAACGAAGCUAGGUUGCAAAGGGAGAAUAGAGCAAGUCCCGACUACAGGUUAUCUCGUGAGCGAACGCAAAUCGAACGGCGGGAUAUCCGCGAAUCUAGAAAUGUUAAUACCCAACAUGAACGAGACAUUGGCAGUCGACAAGAAAUCCGAAAUGAAGCUAGAUUGCAAUCGGAGGCCAGGGUUAAUCCCGACUACAGGUUAUCCCGUGAGCGAAUACAAAUGGAACGGCGAGAUGUCCGCGAAUCCAGAAAUGUUAUAACCCAACCUGAACGAGACACUGGCAGUCGAAAGGAAAUCCGAAACGAAGCUAGGUUGCAAAGGGAGAAUAGGGCAAGUCCCGACUACAGGUUAUCCCGUGAGCGAACGCAAAUGGAACGGCGAGAUGUCCGCGAAUCCAGAAAUGUUAUCACCCAACCUGAACGAGACACUGGCAGUCGACAGGAAAUCCGAAACGAAGCUAGGUUGCAAAGGGAGAAUAGGGCAAGUCCCGACUACAGGUUAUCUCGUGAGCGAUCCCAAAUGGAACGGCGAGAUAUCCGCGAAUCUAGAAUCGUUAUCACCCCACAUGAACGAGAUACUGGUAGUCGACAGGAAAUCCGGAACGAAGCUAGGUUGAAUUCUGAGAAUAGGGUAAGUCCCGACUACAGGUUAUCUCGUGAGCGAUCGCAAAUCGAACGGCGAAAUACCCGCGAAUCUCGAAAUGUUAACACUCCACAUGACAGAGUAAAUUCUGGCAGUCGACGGGAAAUAAGGAACAACGAAAGGGUUUCAAGAGCAUCCCGCGAAGAAAUGAGGGAAAGUUCCGACCGCUACAGUAUGACUGGAGAAGGUAGGGAAUUAGACCAACGAAAUGUUCGCGAAUCGGGAAAGUAUCGAGUCACUUCUCGCAGUGAGAGACGCAUUGAGAGGGACACUGAGAAUCGAAGGCUAUCUGACCAGGUUCGUGGAAAUCUUCUAAGUAGGAUGAGCCGAUUGGAAUCAAGAUCAACUGACAGAGUUACUGCUGAAGAUAGAGACAAUGCUAUGUUGGACCGAAGAACUCGUUCAGUGGACCGCCGGCACUUCCGAGAUGUUAGGGACGAAACUAGACAGAGCCUAUCCGUCGAUGCUGAACGCCGAAACGAAGUAUUCCAUAGCCGAACAGAACGUGCAAACAGCAUUGAAAAUAGGGAACGCGAAUCAAUUGACUCACGGUCCCGAAAUCUUAAGAUAGCUUUGGCUUCUGAGAGGACAAAUUCCGUGGUGGUUGAAAAGAUGGACACUGAGAACAAUUUCGGUAUAGCUAACUGGCAGUACGUUCUGUACACAUUGCAGGCCGCUUACCUAUGCGCUCUCUUUGUACAAAUGCUGAAACCGAAUCACACUGAAAAACCACGAAAAAUGAAACUUCACUGGUUGCCAAUGUAUUCUCAUUACAACCCCAUCAAGGUGGACUAAACGACAAACCCUAUGGACUUCCCAGCUAUUUAAUAUUACUUGUAGAAAAAUCUCAUGUUAUUAAAGAUGUCUAUUCUAAUGUACUCUUAGAAAAUAAAUAAUUAUUGUGUGUUAUAGA